AUGAAGCUGACACCCAUCAAAAUCAGAGGCCGCCACGGCCGCAAACAACCAUGGCAACCUCCCAAUCCCGAGCGCUUCAAGCGCAAGCACCUGGAUGGUGAUGAUGGUGAUGAGGAAUUCGACGAGGAGACUGGUGUCAUUCCCAGCCAAGUCGACCAAAAUGGUGUUAGACGCCGACGACGCGUCAAGACGAGAAAGCCGGCGGCGCCCAUUGAGCAGCUGCCGCCUGAAAUUCUUGAGCGUAUCUUCUCCAUGUCCGAGAACCUCAACUUUCCAAGGAGUAGUCUUCGCAUUGGCUACAUGCUUUCAGCCAGGACCUUCCUUUUGCAGCUGAUUGUUGAUGCCUUCUCUCCUACGUGGGAUAUGUGGUUUGGCUGUCCCAGGAAGGAUAUCCAGUCGUAUCGAGGCUAUGAGAAGGAUGAUGAGAGAAUGCCUGGUAAUCCAGACUUUCAGACCGCCAUCCUCUCCUCCAAAUGGCUCACCCUCUCCCUGAUCCUCCACGCCCAACAAGUCUGGAUCCGACGUCAACAGAACGGCUCUUCUAUCUCUGCUUCACGUCCCUUCAUCCACACCGAGAACUGGCUCACGCUCGGCCCCACGGAGCGCAUGGAACUUGACCGGCACCUCAUACAAGGUCCCGGCCCCGAUGAGAUCCAAGACUACACCAUGGACGACAUCCAAGACAGCUACCCGCACCGCCCUCACCACCGCCUGCACUUUGACGGUGAAUUCUUCGGGGACUCCUCCGGCCGGGGCUCUUCUUCUUCCUCGUCCCAGUCUAACAACAACAAGCUGGACAUGGAAAUCUGCUUCAAAGCCGAUUGGGAAUGGUUCACCCUCAUUCUGAACAAGUUCGACCCCUAUGGAGCUCUCUAUAGCAGAGAAAACCGCGCCUUGCGCACGGGGUAUUGGGAUAUUCACCCGGCGACCAAGAUUCCGAAUCAUUUGUUGGCAAACCCGGUUGCGAGCUGGGACUCGGUUAAGCUGUUGUAUUGGUUGGUCAGAGGUGGUGCGACGUUGUCGAGAGAGCAAACCUGGGAACUCACAAAACUCGGCUACGAGCGCCUAAUGUCCCACCCCGACGGUCCCUCAAAGCCUUACAUCCCCCCAAACCCACAAUCACCAGAAGAAGAACGAUCCCAAGAAUACGAACGUGAACAAAUGUCCCUCGCGGUCCUCCGCCUCUUCUCCACCCUGCGUGUCUUUUGCCCGGGACAUUGGCCCACCUAUCUCAUGAUGGAGAAGAUGGAAGAGGUCAGCAGGGAGCGGCAGACGCGCACCAAGUAUUCGGAUUCGCAGAAGCCGGGGUAUGAGCUGUGGAAGUGUGCGCAGAUGGUUUUGAGGCAUUGGAUGAUGCAGAGGUACGAGGAGCGGGGGGAGAGGGUUGAUGUUUAA